UCCUAGGUUGUAGAUUCUCUUCAGUCGCAUGGGAUGCCUGUAAGCGUUGCAUGCCAUGCCACUUUCCUUCAAUCGCCAAUCGCCAGUCUUUCUUACUUUCGCGAAAUGAAACAGUCACUUUCUUGUUGCCCUGCGAAGCGACGCAUAGGUGGUCGACAAACUGCGAAUCACGUACUCUGGGCACCCGAUUAAAGUUUUGCUAUGGGUCAGCCCAUAGAGCCUAGCGGGCUCAGCUAGAGGAAACGCGUUCAAGACAAGCGGCUUCCCUUAGAAUGGCCUCGGGAUUAUACGGAUCCGGUUUCGAUGGUAAAAUCCUUUCAGCAAUCCUGGGACAAGACUUCUCUGUAUGGGCUGCAGAGAGACAUGCCCCAAUUCUACAGGCAGACUCUGUCUCCUCUUAUGUAGACUUGCAAACCGUUUCUUCCUGCUUAUCAACCUCCCCCACCCUUCCAAUCAGGCUCCUUAUGGUCAAUCAAUCACUUAGACUCCGAACUUUUGCACUCUGAAGCUCAGGGUGCUAUCAUGAGCGCGCGAGUUUAUGACAAGGAUGGCUUGGUUGACUUUGAAGCCUCCUUUCCUGAAGAAGACAAAUCUUGGCUCUGCAUUCCUCCUCCUGAGCUGCCUUUUCCAAAGAAGAGAUUCUCUCUGCCAGAGUCUGAGGCGUGCUUGGAGCGUGAGUUUUGGCGGGACUACUCAGAGGAAGAUCAGACCUGGCUGUCUAUUCCACCAGAAUCGUCACUCGCCUUUGAUUCUCAAACGCAAUGUCCUGAAAAUGCUGCUCGCAGGAAUCAGAUCCGCGACUGCAGCAGCAGCAGUGGUAGUGUACUGUCUGCUGUAACUUGCACAGGAGAGAGCACUCCGACCGGAAGCAGUGCCAGCAGUGACAGGAGCGUCAGCAUCUCAAAGGUUUUUUCAAACAAGGAGGUUAUGGGGGAAGCACACGCUCAAGAGGUGACGCCAGGGGUAAUGAAGCCAUUGACGUCAUCUAUUCCAGCUGCUGAAGAGAAAUUUCAGGGUCGGAUUUCUGCGGCUUAUGAAAAGCCUUCUCGUCCAGCUAUCGCUGCAAGUUCAAGGGUGGCGGUUGGUGGUUUAAAGACGUCUAUGAGGCCGGUGGCUGAUGCUCAGAGUACUCUGCUGUCAACUGAGGCUGCCAGAAGGCCAGUGAAGGCAGCUCAUGUGAAGGCAGUGAACCGAUUCAAUGCUGCUGAGAAGUCAAGGAAGCCUGUUACUAGGUCAGCACAUUCAGAAGGUGCCAUGAAGAAGAAUGCAACAGCAGCAGCCGUGGGUUCUUCUGUGAAGCCAGUGAACCUACAUGGUUCUUUCCUGGAGUCAACUAAGCCAGUUAAUGCUGCUGCAUUGGCUGUAGUUCAGAAGUCAGGUGAAGCUGUUACUCCCCCUGACAGGCGUAUGAAGCAUACUGCUCCUGCUGACAAGGCACCAGCUGUCAGCUGUGAUGGAUCCACGAUCAAGAUGGCACAUCCUGACAGGCGUAUGAAGCAUACUGCUCCUGCUGACAAGGCACCAGCUGUCAGCUGUGAUGGAUCUGCGAUGAAGAUGGCACAUGGAAGGAUGAAGCAUCAACAGAGUGUGCAAGCAGCAUUCAGAGCCUCAGUUGACAGUGAAGCAGCAAUGGUGACACCACCUGCAGGUGAAGCUCUGAGGCGUCUUGCAAGCAGUGUGUCUCGUAUUCCUCAGCCUACCGGUACUACCGACUCAAGGAAGGCAGCGGUGAUACCCAUGUCUGUGCCAGUCAAGGCCCGUGCCACGUCAGCAGCACCACGUCUGGAAGGAGGUACUGGAGAGAUCACACCACCAAGAGCGGUUAUGAAGACACCUGCCUUGAAAUUUGGUUUCGGGAAAUCGACUAAAACAGCGUACAGUGAGUGGCGUUCUGCAGUGUCAAGGAAAGAUGGACAUGCGUAGAGAUCCAAGACUUGGUUGCUUGGUGCAAAUGCUGAGAGUGGAGUGGAGUCAUGAUGACUGGCGCUUGAUAGAACCCUACUCUUUGAGUGCUACUGCUGUAUGUGAUGAUGACCAUUCAUGAAUGCGACCGUGUCUCAACCUACUGUAGUAAAUCCCUGUAUCGGUGCUGAUGGUGAGUCGUUGUGC